UGUUCGGUAGGUUGCUCACUCUUCGAGAGCUGCGGUUGGGGAUUCUCACAUUGAUGGUUGCAAGGGGAGUAGUUAGUGUUCCCAGAGAGCGAAACUGUGCUGGGCAAGGAAAGUGUUGGAUUAACCWUAGACUUUACAGGGGCACAAACAAGAGAGGGAACUUUUGAAACAGCCAAACGGGGUCAGACUUUUUUUUCUCUUGGAUAGGAGAGCYGACUCAAGUUUUCAUCAUGCCGGUUUUUCACACAAAGACGAUAGAAAGUAUCCUAGAGCCGGUGGCUCAGCAGAUAUCCCAUCUGGUGAUAAUGCACGAAGAAGGUGAGGUGGACGGGAAAGCUAUCCCGGAUCUCACGGCUCCCGUGGCUGCCGUGCAGGCAGCUGUCAGCAACCUGGUUCGGGUGGGGAAAGACACUGUCCAGACCACAGAAGACCACAUAAUGAAGAGAGACAUGCCUCCAGCUUUCAUCAAGGUGGAGACUGCAUGCACCAAGCUGGUGCAGGCUGGCGUCCAUGUUGAAAGCAGACCCUUACUCCGUCCUGCUCGAGAUUACCUCAUCGACGGCUCCCGUGGGAUCCCUCUUGGCACCUCUGACUUGCUGCUCACCUUCGACGAGGCUGAGGUUCGUAAAAUCAUCCGUGUGUGUAAAGGUAUCCUGGAGUACCUGACCGUGGCAGAGGUGGUGGAAUCCAUGGAGGAUCUGAUCACGUACACAAAGAACCUGGGACCUGGGAUGACGAAGAUGGCCAAGAUGAUUGACGAGAGGCAGCAGGAGCUGACCCAUCAAGAACACCGCGUGAUGCUKGUCAAGUCUAUGAACACGGUCAAAGAGUUGCUACCUGUUCUAAUCUCAGGUAUCAAGAUCUUUGUGACCACCAAGACAUCUGGCAGCCAAGGAGUAGAGGAGUCUCUGAAGAACAGGAACUUCACCUUCGAGAAGAUGAGCGCUGAGAUCAACGAGAUCAUCAGGGUGCUGCAGCUCACUUCCUGGGACGAAGACGCCUGGGCCAAUAAGGAUACAGAGGCCAUGAAGAGAGCUCUGGCGCUCAUCGACUCUAAGAUGACCCAGGCCAAGAGCUGGCUGAGGGACCCCGACGCCCAACCAGGGGACGCAGGAGAACAGGCCAUCGGGUCAGGGGGCAUCUCCUGCAGCCAAGCAGAAGGCCCAGCAGGUCUCCCAGGGCCUGGAUGUUCUCGCGGGGAAAGUGGAGAAUGCAGGCCGGAAACUGGAGGCCAUGACCAACUCCAAACAGGUCAUCGCCAAGAGGAUUGACGCUGCUCAGAACUGGCUGGCAGACCCUAACGGUGGUCCUGAGGGAGAGGAAAACAUUAGAGCCCUCCUGUCUGAGGCCAAGAAGAUCGCUGACAUGUGUGAAGACCCCAAGGAGAGAGAUGACGUCCUGAGGUCCAUCGGAGAGAUGGCUGCUCUCACCGCCAAGCUCUCUGAACUCCGGAGACAGGGUAAAGGUGAUACUCCGGAGGCCAGGGCAUUGGCGAAGCAUAUAGCCACAGCCCUACAGAACCUGCAGUCUAAGACCAGCAAGGCUGUAGCCAACAGCAGGCCUGCCAAGGCUGCUGUCCACCUGGAGGGGAAGAUAGAGCAGGCCCAGAGCUGGAUGGAGAACCCCACCAUCGAUGACGGGGGAGUGGGCCAGGCAGCUAUCCGGGGGCUGGUGGCGGAGGGCCGUCGUCUGGCUAACGCUCUGCCAGGUCCCUACAGACAGGAGCUGGUAGGGAAGUGUGASCAGGUGGAACAGCUGAUGGCCCAGCUAGCCGACCUGGCCGCCAGGGGUGAUGGAGAGUCCCCACAGGCGCGUGCUGUGGCUCAACAGCUCCAGGAGGGCCUGAAAAACCUCAAAGGAACGAUGCAGGAGGCGAUGACACAGGAGGUGUCAGACAUCUUUAGCGACACGACCACUCCCAUCAAACUGCUGGCUGUGGCCGCCACCGCCCCACCCAAUGCCCCCAACAGGGACCAGGUGUUUGACGAGAGGGCGGCCAACUUUGAGAACCAUGCCAACAAGCUGGCUGCCACGGCAGAAAAGGCUGCUGCUGUGGGGACAGCGAACAAGAGCACUGUYGAGGGGAUCCAAGCUGCUGUCAAAUCUACAAGAGARAUCACACCACAGGUGGUCUCUGCUGCCCGUAUCAUGCUGAGAAACCCAGGCAACCAGGCUGCGAUGGAGCACUUUGAGACCAUGAACAACCAGUGGAUUGACAACGUGGAGAAAAUGACAGGUUUGGUGGACGAGGCUAUAGACACCAAGUCUCUGUUGGAUGCCUCUGAGGAGGCCAUUAAGAAGGACCUGGAGAAAUGUCGCGCUGCCAUGGCUAACCACCAGCCCCAGAUGUUAGUGGUAGGGGCCACCAGCAUCGCCCGACGGGCCAACCGCAUCCUCCUGGUGGCCAAACGGGAGGUGGAGAACUCUGAGGAUCCUAGAUUCAGGGAGAUCGUGAAGGCUGCGUCUGAUGAGCUGAGCCGGACCAUAUCUCCCAUGGUCAUGGACGCCAAGGCUGUGGCUGGGAACAUCACCGAUCCAAGUCUGCAGAAGGGCUUCCUGGAUUCAGGCCAUAGGAUCCUGGGGGCCGUUGCCAAGGUGAGAGAUGCGUUCCAGCCACAGGAACCAGACUUCCCCCCACCACCUCCUGAUCUGGACCAGCUGCACGUCAGCGACGAGCCCGCCCCACCAAAACCYCCUCUCCCCGAGGGUGAGGUUCCUCCCCCCAGACCCCCUCCCCCAGAGGAGAAGGACGAGGACUUCCCAGAGCAAGAGGUGGGAGAGAUGGUGAGCGAGCCCAUGAUGAUGGCCGCCAGACAGCUCCACGAGGAGGCRCGCAAGUGGUCCAGCAAGGGUAACGACAUCAUCGGUGCAGCCAAGAGAAUGGCCCUGCUCAUGGCUGAGAUGUCCCGUCUGGUGCGCGGUGCCGGUGGGAACAAGCGUGCCCUCAUUCAGUGUGCCAAAGACAUCGCAAAAGCCUCAGACGAGGUCACAAAGRUGGCCAAGGAGGUGGCCAAGCAGUGCACAGACAAACGCAUCCGGACCAACCUCCUCCAGGUGUGUGAGCGCAUCCCGACCAUCAGCACACAGCUGAAGAUCCUGUCCACAGUCAAGGCCACCAUGUUGGGUCGUACCAACAUCAGCGAGGAGGAGUCCGAGCAGGCCACAGAGAUGUUGGUUCACAAUGCCCAGAACCUGAUGCAGUCUGUGAAGGAGACGGUUAGGGAGGCCGAGGCUGCCUCCAUCAAGAUCCGGACGGAUGCCGGGUUCACCCUGCACUGGAUCCGUAAGACCCCCUGGUACCAGUAA